CAGCUGCGGCCCCGUUGCUACGCAACCGCUGCCAGUGCGUCCAGCACGCCAUGGAGUCCCUCAGGACGGCGAGCCCCGAGCUCCGAGCUUACUUCAGCCGCCACGACCUCCUCGACGUGUACGAGGUAUCGGCGGGCAGCAGACACACCGCGUCCCCCGCUGCAGCUAGCAGCGGCCCACGGCCGCCCCCUUGCCCACCGGGACCCCUGUCCCGCGCACCGCUGUCUGCCGUCGGUGCUGUCCGGAGCGCCAUGGCCGCCCCUCGCCCCCACCGCCUGGCCGGAGGUCGUUCUGAAGGUCAGCCUGGUCCCCACUGGAGCCGGUGGGACCACAGACUCCCCGGUACCACUGGUGGGAGGGAUCCCUCUCCCCGCUCAGGGGUUUCCCCGAUCCCUCGGCAGUGCCCUGGAGACGGCUCGUUGGGUCCCUCAGCCUUGGCCGGGGUAUUUCACGCCCUGAUGCUGGGCUCUGCUGGCACGGGACAUGUUUUUGUUCUGCUUCUUGUGUUAAUGGUUUGCUUCAGUUUGUGAAAACUUUAAAGACAGAACAAAGAUAGAACAAGGUAAUUCCACUUCUUAAUCCAUACUUAAAUGAUGACUGACAUGAUAGAAUAAACUCGGUUGGAAAAGACCUUUAAGAUCAUAAAGUCCAACCUUUACCCCAGCACUGCCAAGUCCAUCACUAAACCAUGUCACUGAGGGCCUCGUCUCCACGUCCAGGAAUGGUGACUUAACCACUUCUCUGGGCAGCCUGUUCCAGUGCUUGACAACACUUUUGAUGAAUAAAUCUUUCCUAAUAUCUAAUCUAAACCUCCCCUGGCACAACCUGAGGCCAUUUCCUCUUGUCCUAUCGCUUCUUACUUGGGAGAAGAGACCAACACCCACCUUGCUACAACCUCCUGUGAGGCAGUUGUAGAGAGUGGUCAGGACUCCCCUGAGAUUCCUUUUCUCCAGGCUGAACAACCCCAGGUCCCUCAGCUGCUCCUCCUCAGACUUGUUCUCCAGACCCUUCACCAGCUUCAUGGCCCUUCUCUGGACCCACUCCAGCACCUCAGUAUCUCUCCUGUAGUGAGGGGUGCAGAACUGAACACAGGAUUCAAGGUGUAGCCUCACCAGUGCUGAGUACAGGGGGAAAUGAAGACAAACACAGUAAACUACAUUUGUACCUUUACUAGAUUUGCAUUGUUCUCCAGUUUUAAUUAUGAAAGCACCUGUAGACUUCAGCUGGAUACUUCUCUACUUCCUGAGUGCUGUGUGCCAUCUUCUAAUGGUCUGUCAAAGGUGCUGCUUUGUGCUGUAAUUGGUAUGCGUCCAGAAGAUCCACUUAAGUUUUUAGAAGAAAAGCUCAGAGAAAUAAUGGAAAAGGGAUUAGAUACUGUUUUAUGGUGCAUGUGUACAGAUCUGUCUUUACACCCAAAAUUUAAGAGGAUUUCAGAAACGUACCUGAGCACUGUUUUUGGACUAGAUGUUGAGCAACUGAUAACUGAAGGAUGUGCCAAGGCAUGGAGCUUUCACAACAGAAACUUAAUGAAGCUGUAUUUUGGAGGAUGGUUAAAAUAUCACUUGCUAAAAAAGAAUAAAAGACAAAAGGCAGAGCAGAAGGUGGCUUUGGCAGUAGACCAUUAUAACAUGCAAAUAGUAAGAGUUAUUAUACAGAAGUGGAGUAUGUGGGUGAAUAUUCACAAGCAAAAAAGGACAUUGGCAGUGACAAGACUGCAACAGAUCUUUAAUAAAUUAUAUUUAAAUGCUGUGGUGAAGGCUUGGCAUGCAGAGGCCCACAGUUCUUCGGAAACAAAAGCAUAUUUUGAGAGUUUGGCAAAGGAAAGUCAGAAAGAAUGUUGUGAAUCAAAUGAUCUUACCAUCAGACAUGAAACAUCCUCUUUACCAGAAAAAGCCUUGUUACAGAUUUUCCGCUACGUAAAUUUGGUUGAUCUGGCAAGAUGUGCUCAAGUUAGUCAAAUGUGGAUGCUGCUGACUCAGAACAGUUCAUUAUGGAGUGAUAUCAAUUUUUCCUCAGUGAGGCAUAAAGUUCAGGAUGAAAUGGUAGUGAAUGUUUUGCAGAAGUGGUGUCCAUAUGUCUUACAUUUGAAUCUUCAAGGUUGCUCUUCUCUUCAGUGCCCUACCUUUAAAAGUAUCAGUGCAUGUAAGAAUUUGCAAGACUUAAAUCUCUCUGAAUGCCAGGGAUUAAAUGAUGAAUCGAUGAGAGUCAUAUCAGAAGGCUGCAGAUCUCUUCUCUAUUUAAAUCUGUCCUGUACAGAUAUUACAAAUGGAACGCUACGACUAUUGCCGAGCUUCCCCAAUUUACAGCAUCUGAGUUUAGCUCACUGCAGAAAAUUCACAGACAAAGGUUUACUGUACCUGAGCACUGGAAAAGGCUGUCACAAGCUCAUCUAUUUGGAUCUUUCAGGUUGCAUUCAGAUUUCAGUUGACGGCUUCAGAAAUAUAGCCAGCGGCUGCACUGGGAUUCAGAAUUUGCUGAUCAACCAAAUGCCAACUCUUACAGACAGAUGUAUUCAAGCUGUGGUUGAAAAAUGCCAACAGAUAACAUCUGUUGUCUUUCUUGACUCUCCACAUCUUUCUGAUACAACUUUUAAAGCCCUUGCUGAAUGUGAACUGGUCAAGGUCAGCAUUGAAGGGAAUAACCGAAUUACUGAUUUAAGUUUCAAGUUAAUGAGUAAAUGCUGCCCAUACAUCAGGCACAUUCAUAUGGCUGACUGCCAGAGGAUUACAGAUGCUGGUCUCAAGAUGAUUUCACCACUGAAGCAUAUUCUUGUACUGAAUGUAGCAGACUGCAUAAGCAUCAGUGAUGAAGGUGUAGUGCCGUUUGUACAAGGUUCUUCAGGAGCUAAGCUAAGAGAGCUGAAUUUGAGUAAUUGUAUUCAUGUCACUGAUGCUUCUGUCACAGAAAUAGCACAAAGAUGUCAUGAAUUGACCUACCUAAAUCUGUGCCACUGUGAAAAUGUGACUGAUGCUGGAAUUGAAGCCUUGGGAAAUAUGUUGUCAUUGAUAUCCCUUGAUAUCUCUGGAACCAGAAUCUCAGAUACGGGUUUGAGGACUCUUGGCUACCAAGGAAAAAUAAAGGAACUUUCUAUAUCAGAAUGCAAAAACAUCAGUGAUACUGGGAUUCAGGAGUUCUGCAAGGGCGCAAAAUACCUGGAGCACUUCCAUGUCUCCUGCUGCUCUCAGCUGACAGAUGAAGCUGUGAAGGCAUUGGCAUUUCACUGCCAGAGACUAACAUCAGUCAACCUAGCGGGUUGCCCAAAGAUGACUGAUACCUGUAUCAAAUACUUGGCUGCAGCCUGCCAUUAUCUCCACUUCUUGGAUGUCUCUGGUUGCAUUCAUCUUACUGACAAAGCACUGAAGUAUCUUUGGAAAGGUUGUGAGCAACUCCAGGUUCUCAAGAUGCUGUUCUGUAGAAAUAUUACCAAACAAGCUGUCCUGAAAUACACAGCCAAACUGGAGAAACAAGAACACAGUGAUGCUGACCCUCCUUCCUGGCUCGGAUACGACCGGGAUGGCAACAUACUCACCUUCACCCAAACACAUGCACUGGAGCCUGAACAAAUUCCUCAAACUGAAAAAUGAAGAAAUUGUGCAACACCUUCUCCAGUUGCAGGGUUUUCACUAGAGCACAAAAGAACACUCUAUUGUUUUUAUUAAAACUAAUCAUACUUGAUAAAAGGCUGUUUAUUGCAGUAGGAAGAAAGCACCACAGAUCUUUUUCACAGUCUGCCUCCAAGCAAGGCAGUUGCACUGAAACAGCUUUGCUAACUUUCAGAUCUCGAUUUGAGCUGUCUUCAUCUUCCAAUAAUGAGAAGCUUCUGUAGUCCCCUGCAGUGAGCAAUAACUACAUCUGCAUGUGUUUGGGGUUCUUGUUUGCCAUGAGGGUCCUCUCCAGGACAUGAACACUUUGACUCCCCACAGAUCACACUUGACACAGCUGGUACUCGUCAACACAGUGUUCCUGAGCAGAACAGUGCAGAGGUAGCCACUACAAGCUCCUCAGCACAGCUAUAUGCGUGCAUCUGAGCAUGAUUCUCUACAUCUCAACCUGCGCACACAGAGCCCCAGUUCUCAUAAAUGCCCUUCAGCUGGGUUUGGGUCUCUAAGCAAGCCCAUUUUCACACUUGCAGAUCUGAACUAUUCUGACUGGUGGCUGACAGAGGCAGGAGGAUCAAACAAAGAGGAGCACAGAUAAGAAAAGUAUUAAAGGAGAAGUUUUCUCCAGUUAUGAGAACGUCUUCUCAUGAAACAGACAAACAAAAGUGAGCACACAUGGGGUUUGCCUUUCAAAUCGUAAUUACUGAUAACCUACUGCUCCUGGCCUGGAGAAAAAUACGAAGUUUCACCUCACUAAAGCAGAACAAGACAUUACUCAAAAGCCUUUGGGGAAACUCCCAAAGAUUUGUCUUUCUUCAGCUCAUUCCUGACCUUUAUAUAAAAGUUCUAGCUGGUCUCAACAUUUAUUAGCUUGGAAAGAAUAUAAGCAGAGCAGCACAAUUUUUCUGACAGCUUAUUUAAACUUCUUUCAGCAAGAAGCUAACAAUCCUGAUGCUUAAUUGCAGCUCAUUUUAGAACAUGAAUGCUUUAGCUUGCUUUCUUUUGAACAUGGAAGAAAUAACAGGCUUUCUUACUGCACUCUCCCUUAAAACUGCUGAUGCAGCUGUCCCAAAACACACAAACUGAAUCAUAGGCUGACAGGCUUUGUAUGUUGGGUGAGUAAUGGAACCAUUAAAUGCAUUUGAUUUAGUGAAACCUCUACUAGACUGGUGUUAUUUGUCGAUGCUGUGUGAUUUUAGAGGGGCUUCGCUCACUUUUGACUUCUGCAGUGAACAGAAAUCAUUAGUUCCAACAAUUUGUCAGGAAAUCUAAAACCAUUACACAUUUAUUAACUUUGUAUCUUUUAGAAGAAUAAUGACAAGUAACUAGCAACAAUGUAUUGCUUUUAGUAAUAAUAUUAGCAAUGUGCUAUAUAUUAGUGUUGAUAUUAAAAAUACACAUUUGCCAUAAACGUCUGUGCCCAAUUUAUCCACACAAACAGUACACACAACAGCAAAAAACACUGGGGUUUUAACCACCCUGAAUUAGAGUAUAAAUGCUGCCUUUGACUAUUGAAGCCGUUAGCCAGGGGCAAUUACACCUCUUGGGGAAUCCUGUGGGAACAGAGUUCAUUUCAUAAUGUACCCUUACGAACUGAAGUACAUACUCACAUAUACACAACUUAAAACCUGAGCCAACACUCUGAACUCCUCUUUGCUACACUCAGUUGGCAGGAAAUUCCUCAGUUUUAAACCACAAACUUCAGUACUACUUUUACAAGGUGCCAUACACAUGCAUGGAAAGGCUUUUUAAAAGCUCCAUUUCCUUUACUGUGUGUUUGCAUUGUGGUAACACAAACUCCUCCACAAAAAUCACA